UCGUUCUUUCCUACCGCAUCGAUCAUGCCAUCUUGCGUUUUUUAUCACCUACAUAUGUAUGUAGACACUCAACAAAUUAUGUGGCCAUCACGAGAGGGCCGACGUUGCAUAAACACCCAUCUUGAUCUCACAAUACACGCUAUCUUGCUUGAUAUCUUUUUAUUAACUCUGAUGGGUGACCUGACUGCUCCGAACAGAUACUAAGGAACAUUCCUGUCCGCAUAUUUCGUACGUAACACUGGUGUUUAAACGAGCAUGUUUACCUCACAUAUCAGCCACUGUCUACUAAUGCAAUAAGCAACACUCGUAAUCUGGUAGACGCUAAGUUUCCCUACAAACAUCCAACCUGUCCGGGCCCGAGAAAGGAGAUCACAUGCAGUGAGCCAAAGGACGGCAGCAACGCUGUUUAUAUCCAUUGGUGAGGCGGGAUGGACCUGCGGUCAAGGAGCGCCCGAUCCCGACGCCGCUCGCGCUGAUCUUGUUUCUGAUCCCGAUCGCGAUGCCGACUCUGAUCUCUAUCCACGUAAGGCAUGGUGCAUACCCAUCAAUCACACAAAUGGAGCUGGUCUCAAGCGAAUCCAUUAUUGGUCGGGCAAAUAGUACUUUUUGAACGAUAUUUCUCACAGUUGUGUGAGUUCCAUAGGACAAUUGGAUGUAGUGAAAAUUUGCA